AGCAGCAGGCUCCGCCUCCCUGAGGUGGCUGUGGAAAGUAGCCACUGCCACUUUGACAUACAGGAAGAAGUUACAAAAGCCUUGCAAACUCUGCCGUUUCUUUGAAUUUCACUUACAGAGUUCUUUUCUUGUCGUUUUAAAAGUAUAUUUCCUAUACUGUCAUUUAAUAUGCGUGCCGAGGAACAGAAGGACAUUGCUUGCUGAGCUGGAGGCGUUGUAACAAUUGGAUUAUUUCGACCGGAGACGCGGUGACCGUGUGGGGACAAAUGGGGGAAGAAGAACAAGUCUGAAGUAGACCAUAAUUUCUCCAAAGAAACAUGUCAGAACACAAAUCGAGCUUCCUUCACAUUGGAGACAUCGUGUCUCUGUACGCGGAAGGCUCGGUGAACGGCUUCAUCAGUACUUUGGGACUUGUCGAUGACAGGUGUGUAGUCCAGCCUGAUGCCGGAGACUUGGCAAAUAUUCCCAAAAAGUUCAGAGAUUGCCUCUUCAAGGUGUGUCCCAUGAAUAGGUACUCUGCCCAGAAGCAGUUCUGGAAGGCAAAACAAGGAAAACAAGGAAACAACAACACACAGGCAGACUUGUUUAAGAAGUUACAGCAUGCAGCAGAGCUUGAGCAGAAGCAGAACGAAUCUGAAAAUAAGAAGCUCCUUGGGGAAGUUGUAAAAUACAGUAAUGUUGUUCAGCUCCUGCACAUCAAGAGUAACAAGUACUUGACUGUGAACAAACGUCUCCCCGCCUUGCUGGAAAAGAAUGCCAUGCGUGUUUCUCUGGACCCGGCCGGGAAUGAGGGCUCGUUGUUCUGCAUUCAGCCCUUCUGGAAGCUCCGCAGUGAAGGAGACAAUGUGGUGGUUGGAGACAAGGUGGUGCUGAUGCCAGUGAACGCCGGGCAGCCUCUUCACGCUAGUAAUAUCGAGCUACUAGACAACCCCGGCUGCAAAGAGGUGAAUGCGGUCAGCUGCAACACCAGCUGGAAAGUCACAUUGUUCAUGAAGUUUAGCGAGUACAAGGAAGACAUCCUGAAAGGGGGAGACGUGGUCAGACUGUUCCACGCAGAGCAGGAGAAGUUUCUGACUUGUGACGAGUACAAGAACAAGCAGCAUGUCUUCCUCCGCACCACUCUUCGACAAUCUGCCACCUCGGCCACCAGCUCCAAGGCUCUCUGGGAAGUUGAGGUUGUACACUAUGACCCGUGCAGAGGUGGAGCUGGUCAGUGGAACAGUCUGUUUCGCUUCAAGCACCUUGCUACAGGGAAUUACCUUGCAGCUGAGGAAAAACAAGAACCUAAAGACAAAAAACCGGAGUCUAAUGAGAAUGAGACAGAAUCUAUGUUUUCUAAAAGAAAGCAUCAAGCAACAGACAAGAUUGCUUGUACUUUGAUUUCCGUUCGACAUGGCAAUGACUUAGCCUCCCUCUUUGAACUGGACGCCACCACGCUGCAGCGAGCUGACUGUCGGGUUCCCAGAAACUCUUAUGUGAGACUCAGGCACCUGUGUACCAACACUUGGGUGACCAGCACCAAUGUGCCCAUUGAUGCAGAGGAGGAGCGUCCAGUCAUGCUCAAGAUUGGCACCUCUCUCACUAAAGAGGAUAAAGAAGCUUUUGCUAUUGUAUCUGUUCCCCUAUCGGAAGUCAGAGACUUGGACUAUGCAAACGAUGCCAACAAAGUCCUAGAGGCCACCGUGAAGAAGCUUCAAUACGGAAACAUAUCUCAGAAUGAGAGGAGGUUUGUGACUAAGCUACUGGAGGACCUAGUUUUCUUUGUUUGUGUAGUUCCAAACAAUGGCCAGGAUGUUCUCUCUGUAGCCACCUCUACACCCAACCGGGAGAGACAGAAACUGAUGCGAGAACAGAACAUCCUUGCCCAGAUAUUUGGUAUCCUGAAAGCUCCAUUCACAGACCUGGGUGAUGGACCCAUGUUGAAGUUGGAAGAUUUGGGCGACCAGCGCUAUUCCAACUUUAAGUACAUGCUGAGACUAUGCUAUAGAGUUCUGCGACACUCCCAGCAGGACUAUCGCAAAAACCAGGAGUACAUAGCAAAGAAGUUCUCAAUCAUGCAGUCUCAAAUUGGGUAUGAUAUUCUGGCUGAGGAUACCAUCACUGCUCUGCUGCACAACAACCGCAAGCUUCUGGAAAAGCACAUCACAGCCAAAGAGAUUGAGACAUUUGUCAGCCUUCUAAGACGCAACAGAGAGCCCAGAUUCCUGGAUUAUUUGUCAGAUCUCUGUGUGUCCAACAAGACUGCCAUCCCCGUCACACAGGAGCUUAUUUGCAAAUUUGUGCUCAACCCUGCCAAUGCGGAUAUCCUCAUCCAGACCAAACUAAUCCCUAAUCUCAACACCACCUUGGAGUCAUCGCUGAUGCAGGAGGACGGAGAGGAAGAGGAGGUAUGGCUUUACUGGAUCGACAGUCACAAGGAGCCUCAUGGCAAAUCCAUUCGCCACCUGGCUCAGGAUGCUAAGGGCAACCAUAAGAUGGAUGUAGAUAUCAUUAUUUACUACAGGUAUCAGCUGAACCUGUUUGCUAAAAUGUGCCUGGACCGUCAGUAUCUGGCCAUCAAUCAGAUCUCGACUCAUCUUCCUGUGGAUCUCAUAUUACGUUGCAUGUUUGAUGACUGCCUGCCCUACAGCUUGAGAGCCUCCUUCUGUCACCUUAUGCUACACAUGCAUGUGGACCGUGACCCACAGGAAGCUGUGGUUCCUGUGCGCUACGCUCGCCUCUGGAAUGAGAUCCCCUACAAGAUCACCGUCUAUCAAUUUGAAUAUGAGUCAUCAGAUUCCUCGAGAAAUGAUAUGAAGAGAAAAUUUGCUCCCACAAUGGUGUUUGUUGAAGAUUACCUCAAAGAUGUGGUCAGCCAGCCGGAUCCAUUUUGGGAAAAAGACAAGAAUGAACUCACUCUAGAGGUGGUGAAUCUGGCUCGUAACCUGGUCUACUUUGGUUUCUAUAGCUUUAGUGAGCUGCUGCGACUUACCCGCACUCUACUGGCCAUCCUGGACAUUGUCCAGCUCCCGCUCUCUUUUAUGGACACGCUCAGCAAAAGUCCAGAGUCUGGAAACAAUGUCCUGCGCACUAUCCAUGGAGUUGGAGAAAUGAUGACCCAGAUGGUAAUGAGUCGAGGUGUGCCUCAAUGCCUGCCUGACACGCCUCCCUCCUUGCGCUAUGGCAAAGGACACAUGCUGCCGGAUAGCGAAGAUGUCACGGUUAUGGACACAAAGCUGAAGAUCAUAGAGAUCCUGCAAUUCAUCCUGAGUGUCAGGCUGGAUUACAGGAUCACAUAUUUGUUGUCCAUUUACAAGAAAGAGUUUGAAGGGAAAAGCUCCUCUGAAAUCACCGAAUCACAAGAUGACAUGCACUUAAUCAUGCCAUCACAAGAGCCAGACAUUGAUGAGAUUGCAAGUAAAGCAGAGAGCAUGUUUUCUGGGAGAUCUGAGGUAAAUGCAGUGGAACUUGAUGAUGAGGGCGGUCGAACGUUCCUGAGGGUUCUGAUCCAUCUCAUGAUGCAAGACUAUCCACCUCUGGUGUCUGGCUCACUGCAGCUCAUCUUCAAACACUUCAGUCAGAGAGCUGAGGUGCUGCAGGCCUUCAAACAGGUCCAGCUGUUGGUGUCAGAACAGGAUGUAGACAACUACAAGCAGAUCAAGGCCGACCUGGACCAACUGCGUCUAACUGUGGAGAAAUCAGAACUGUGGGUGGAGAAAAACGGAGUCUACAUCAAUGAAGACCUUGGUGUUAACGAAGGAAAAGAACAAAACAUAGAGGAGGCGGGACUGAGCACAGUGCAUGAUGGCGACAAUAAAACUCAGAUCGACAGCAACAUAGAAAAUAACUACAUCAUCGUCAAAGAGAUCCUGUUACGGCUCAGUAAGUUGUGUCACCAUGUUAAAAAGAUUCGUACACAGCAGCAGAGGCUUUUGAAGAACAUGGGUGCUCAUACCGUCGUGUUGGACCUGCUGCAGAUCCCCUUUGAGAAAAGUGAUGAGAAGAUGAAUGAGAUCAUGACCCUGGCACACACAUUUCUGCAGAACUUCUGCCGAGGGAAUCACCAGAACCAAUUUCUGCUACAUAAACACCUCAAUCUCUUCCUCACUCCCGGGUUGCUAGAAGCUGAAACGAUGCGUCACAUAUUUAUGAAUUACUACCAGCUGUGCAAUGAGAUCAACGACCGUGUUGUUCAUCACUUUGUCCACUGCAUUGAAACACACGGACGUCACGUUCUGUACUUGAAGUUUCUGCAAACAAUUGUGAAAGCCGAAGGGAAGUAUGUGAAGAAAUGUCAGGACAAAGUCAUGACUGAGCUGGUGAAUGGAGGUGAGGAUGUCCUGGUGUUCUACAAUGACCGCUCAUCCUUUCCAGUCCUGCUUCAGCUGAUGGGUUCUGAGCGUGAGCGCACUGAUGAAGACGGCGCUCUGGCUUAUCACAACACGCUUGUCGAGCUGCUUGCUUCCUGCACUGAGGGCAAAAAUGUCUACACUGAGCUGAAAUGUAACUCUCUGCUUCCGCUGGAUGAUAUUGUCAAAGUUGUCACUGAAGUCAGUUGCGUCCCAGAGGUGAAAACGGCAUAUGUGAACUUUGUCAAUCACUGCUAUGUAGACACAGAGGUAGAAAUGAAAGAGAUCUAUACCUCCAAUCACAUCUGGAAACUGUUUGACAACAUCUUGGUGGAUAUAGCCAGGGUGUGUAACACUACCACAGACCGCAACCAUGCUGAUCUGGCUCUUGAGAAGUAUGUGACCGAGACCGUGCUGGCCCUCAUCACAGGCUAUUUUAGUUCACCAUUUUCUGUCAACCACUCCAACCUUCAGACGAACCAAUCUAUCUUCAUUAAGCUGCUCCAGUCAGCUUUCAGGCUCUACAACUGCACAUGGUUCACUCAGAAGGCAAAUAUUGAGAACUGCAUCAAAACACUUGCUGAUGUUGCCAAAGCACGGGCAAUAGCUAUCCCAGUUGACCUGGAUAGUCAGGUCAACACCCUAUCGCUAAGGGCCCAUAGUAACAUGGUUCAGCGGGCAGCGAAAGACUGGAGGAUCUCUACACGCACCCGACCCCGCAAGGAGAACCUGGGUGGCCCUGACUACAAGACUAUAAUUGAGAAGUUGCAGGGAGUUGUGUCCCAUCUUGAGGAGCAAUUCAAUCCGAAAGUUCAGGCAGAGUUUUUGGUGCUGGUAGAUGUCCUCCACAGCCCUGAGCUGCUGUUUCCAAAGGCUGCUCGCCUACGCUGCGAGAGUGGAGCUUUCAUAUCAAAGUUGAUCAAACACACCAUGAAGCUUAUGGACAAAGAGGAAAAGCUUUGCAUCCAAAUUCUGCAGACACUCCGAGAGAUGCUGGACAAGAAGGAAUGGUUUCAAGAGUCGGGAAAGGAAUUAAGAGAGGAUCUCCUCACGUGUUACUUUGGAAAUCCGAGACUUAUUGCAAAGGCUGGAAGUGGCAACAGCACACCUGACUUCGUCAGAGGAGUUUCUUUUGCUGCUGACUCUGAUACACCAUGUAUUAGCAUAAAGGAGAUCCAGUGCCAGUUGGAUAUAGUUGGUGCAUCUGAGCUGGUGAUUGACCUCAUAGUCAAUACUAAGAAUGACCAAGUAUUUGAGGAGAGCGUUUUGUUGGGCAUUGCACUUCUCCAAGGUGGAACUACACAAAUACAGAACUCAUUCUACGACAAACUAUACAAGCAGAAAAAGUCGGAGAGGUUCUUCAAGGUCUUCUACGACCGCAUGCGUUUGGCCCAGCAGGAGAUCCGUGCUACUGUAUCGGUCAACAUGUUUGAGCUCAGCUCCAGAAAAAGGGAUGAUGAUGCUGACUUUGGACAUUUCCGUUUCAAAAAAGGGACAGAAUCAGGACUUCAUAUGAAGGAGGACAUGCGAGGGCAACUAAAAGAGGCCUCAACUGUCACCUCUAAGGCUUUCUGUGCUUUCCGAAAAGAGAUGGAUCCUGAACUUGAAGGCUUGUGCCAGAACACCGAGGUGAUUGGGACUGAAGAGGCCUUGGAGGAAACUCGCAUGAACCAGGCUAUUGCUAUCAUGAAGCCCAUCUUACGGUUCCUCCAGCUUCUCUGUGAGAACCACAAUAGUGAUUUGCAGAACUUUUUGCGCAACCAAAACAACAAGACCAACUACAAUCUCGUGUGUGAGACCCUUCAGUUCCUGGACUGUAUUUGUGGGAGCACCACCGGAGGACUUGGAUUACUGGGCCUUUACAUUAAUGAAAUUAAUGUUGACCUGGUUCGCCAAACUUUGGAAACCAUCACAGAGUACUGCCAGGGCCCGUGCCAUGAAAACCAGACCUGUAUCGCCAAACAUGAAUCAAAUGGCAUUGACAUCAUUAUAGCACUGAUAGUAAACCCCAUCAACCCUCUGGGGAAAGACCGCCUGGACCUGGUACUGGGCCUUAAGAACAAUGCAGUCAAGCUCUUAUUGGCUAUAAUGGAGAGCCGCCAUGACAGCGAGAAUGCAGAGAAAAUUCUCCUCAAGAUGAGAGCGACGGAGCUUGUGGAUGUCAUGAAGGAGGCCUAUGCUCAGGCUCUGGAAAGGGAAGAGGAUGGGGACAGCUUUCUAGACCACAUCAAACCACUGGAUGUUGGACAUAACAUUUACAUUCUGGCCCAUCAGCUGGCUCGACAUAGUAAAACCCUCCAGCAGAGUCUGAGGGCGGGGUCGGCAUUUGGGUCUGGAUCAGGGUUGGACCCCGACAAUGACAAUGACAAUGACAAUGACGAUGCGUUUCAAUACUAUGCCAAACACACAGCUCAGAUUGAGAUUGUGCGUCAUGACCGCACCAUGGAACAAAUCGUGUUUCCUGUGCCAAAUAUCUGUGAGUACCUCACCCAGGACUCCCAAAUGCGUGUGUUCACUACCACUGAGAGAGAUGACCAGGGCAGCAAGGUUAAUGACUUCUUUCAGCAGUUUGACAACCUCUACAAUGAGAUGAGUUGGCAGAAGAAGAUCCGAACAUACAAGACUCUGUUCUGGUUCUCACGUCACAUCUCUCAAUGGGGGAGUAUCUCCUUCUACCUGGCCUGCCUGCUCAAUGUUUGUGUGGCCGUAUUCUACCCAUUUGGUGAUGAUGGAGAUGAAGGGACCUUAUCACCUUUCUGCUCUGUAUUGCUGUGGGGGGCAUUGUUUGUGUCCACUGCUUUACUUCCAAUAAUACCCAAAACAUGGGGCAUACUCUUCUUCCUUGUCUCCCUCAUCCUGCGUGCCAUAUACACCCUGGGUCUUGGCCCUGCUUUGUUGCUGCUGGGUACUGUCAAUUUGUUCAACAAGAUAAUUUUUUUGGUGAGUUUUGUGGGAAACCAGGGGACGUUCACCCGUGGCUACAAAGCAGUUGUAAUGGACAUGCUGUUCAUCUACCACCUUGGCUACGCGAUCAUCUGCGUUCUGGGCCUAUUUGUGCAUGAGUUCUUCUACAGCUUUUUACUCUUUGACCUGGUAAUCAGAGAGGAAACACUGCUUAAUGUGAUUAAGAGCGUGACAAGGAACGGACGAUCUAUUAUUCUGACAGCUGUAUUGGCCAUCUUUCUUGUCUACUUCUUUUCUAUCAUCGGGUUCCUCUUCCUUAAAGAUGACUUCCGCAUGGAGGUGGACCGCCUCCCCACUACAGGCAAAAGAAGUUUAUUUGGUAAGACUUCAGUGGAAGAUUCAUGUAUGACAGACAGAUCCCCUGUUUCUUCACACACAGCUGUUGCUGAUGAAGACGAGGGAAUAGAGAGAGUGUGCGACACUCUACUUAUGUGUAUUAUCACAGUGUUGAACCAAGGACUACGUAAUGGCGGCGGGGUUGGCGAUAUACUAAGAAAACCUUCCAAAGAGGAGCCGCUGUUUGCAGCCCGUGUGGUUUACGACCUGCUCUUCUUCUUUGUUGUCAUCAUCAUUGUUCUCAACCUCAUCUUUGGUGUCAUCAUCGACACCUUUGCGGAUUUAAGGAGUGAGAAACAGAAGAAGGAGGAGAUCCUUAAAACAACCUGUUUUAUUUGCGGUUUGGAAAGGGAUAAAUUUGACAACAAGACUGUGUCCUUCGAAGAGCACAUCUUGUCUGAGCACAAUAUGUGGCAUUACCUUUACUUCCUGGUUCUGAUUCGAGUGAAGGAUCCCACCGAAUACACGGGUCCAGAAAGCUAUGUCGCAAUGAUGAUGGAGGAGAAAAACUUGGAGUGGUUCCCCCGAAUGCGGGCCAUGUCUCUGGUGAGCAACGAGGGGUAUAACGAGCAGAAUGAGAUGCGGUGCCUGCAGGAGAAACUGGAGAUCACUGUCACGCUGGUAGCUCAGCUCUCUGCCCAGCUGUUUGAGCUCAAGGAGCAGAUGACGGAGCAGAGGAAACACAAGCAGAGGCGUGGAUUCUUGGGUUCUCAACAGACAAACCCUCACAUCCCGACACACUGAGGGCCCCAGAACCCAAACAAGGAGAGAAUACUUAGACUCUGGUCUGCAGGAUUGGACCAGCUUCCUGCCUGGAAAGAACAAUACAAAUGCAUACUGUAUAUGCAAACCUACAUAUGGAGGAUUUGUCACAGGGUGCCUUUAGUUUGAGGCCAUUUUCAGCUAACUGCACACUCGCAUGGUGAGGAACUCCACUUUGUGAGUAGGUCUGAUUCACUUCUGCCAAUAUGGUGUUAGCAAAGUGUGAGGGUCCCCAACUGCGGGUGAAGGGAGUCGUUGUACUAAGAUGUGUUGUUCUGCUGCCCUAAUGCCUUCUUUUCCUAAUGGUCAGAAAAUGGUUAGCUUUGUACUGGUAAAUUUCAUCUGACUAUGUUCGCUAACUUCUACUACGCUUUCUUUAGCCUUUUUAAAAUUGCUGGUUAGAAUAUGUUCAUAACUGGAGUUAUUUUUUUACAUUUUGAAAAUGCUGCCUUACUUGUAUUUUUUUAAACUGGAUCAAAGAGCAAUUUCACUUUAAUAUGCACAUUUCUAUUGAAAAGGGAGAAACUUGUAACGAGAGACUAGUUUGGACAGUUUUAGGGGUAUUGCUUUGGACUAUGAUGCGUUCACUGCACUGUGUUAUUUUCUCUGUUGAAAUUUCCUCCGUAUGAUAAUUGAAUGUGAAUAAAAUUGAUAACUACU